AAAAAGUAAAUAAAUUAAUCUGUGCCUGCUACCACGUUUUGUCAAACGUAAUGGCAAUAGAUAAAAUUCUGCAAUGAUACACAACAUAAAUGUUAAAAAAUAAAUUGAUUAAUAGGUGUUGGUUUUACUUUUUAGGUUACAAGCGAAAUGGGUAAGGUUCGAAAAACUAAGGCUCGUAAAGUCAAAAACGCUGUGGUUAGCGAAGAGAGCAAUGAAGAAGAGCAACUUUCAAAUGAUAGCAAAGAGAAUGCGGUUCAAACGAUAUUAGAUCAGUUGCAGGGAGCAAGUGUUGAAGAGAAGUAUUGCGGUUUGCAAACUUUGGCAAUGUUUAUAGAGAUUCCAGAGAAUAUUGAUGAAGUUAUAAACCAGGGUCUUGUAAAAGUUGCUGCUCCUUUAUUGCUGGAUCCUGCUAGUUCUGUGAGAAAUGCAUCAUCUGGUAUGCUUCGAAAUCUAUCUGCUGUUAAGCUGGAUAUUUGUGAUUCUCUGAUGGAUCAGGAUAUUAUGACACCGUUGACCUGCUAUUUUCAUGAACAUGCAGAAUCAUGGAUACCUGAUCCAAUUUCUAAAUCAAGAGAUGAAGAUAUUGAUACAUUUGUUCAAUGUGUUAAUUUGUUGUUGAAUUUGUGUGAAAGUUCUGACUUAGCUGUUAAAUAUGUUGGUCAAUCUAGGAUACUAGAUAUACUUCCAAGAUACUUAGAUAUGUCAUUAUUUGGUAUAGACAUAGUAGCAGCAGUACUGCAAUGCCUGUUUGUUGUUGUUGAAGACAAUCCACUUGCAAUGGAAAAAAUCAAAUCAAAUUGUCAAAAACAGCUACAAACUUUAAUCUAUCUGGAAGGAACUGACCCCUCUCAACUCUUAAUUAAAACAUUAUCUGCUGGAGUUAUAAUAAAUACACAUGGAGGCAAACUUACAACCUUACCUAUUGAAAUGAUAAAUCAAAUAAUGUCUAUACUAGCAAAGACUUUAUCAGUGGAUCAUAGGUUUGCUUGCAAUCAGUUGUCAAGUCAAGUUCCAUUGAAAAAUACUUCUGGAAAGAUGGAGGACCCACCUAAAAUUAAAGAUGCGCAAAUAUUAGACAAACAAAUUAAGGCAGUCAUUCAAAUGCUGGAUGCCCAACAAAGUGCUAUUGAAAUCAUUGCUAACAUUUGUUCAGAUGAAGAUGGCGAUGAUAUCAAUAGUGAUAGCUCUUCUGAAAAUAAUGAAAUUGAUGAAGAAAUUUGUCAGAAUGGAAAUGGUACACUCCUCACAGAAGAUAAACUUCCUCCAGAAGUCUUGGAAGCAUUAGUGAAUUUUGAAGUAUUUCAAAGAGUAUGGGCAAGAACAGAAAUGCCAGCCCAAAAUGUAGUCAUGAUUUUAAAAGAUUAUGAAGGUUCUCAAUUGAUAUGCAAAAAAUUACAGAGUUUACAAACGAGAGCUCUACUGUGUGUUAACAAUAUGAUAUCUUCACUACCAAAUGCGAGUCUUGGAGGUGUUAAUGGUAUCUAUAAAAUCUGGGUGGAUGCAGGAAAAUUAGUAUUCAAACAAAGAGAAGAAAAUUUAAAUCUCUUAGAAUCUGCUACAGCAGUGAUGAGAGCUGCACUAGAUAAAAUAAAGCUUAGAGACAGUGAUAAAGCUAGUGAUAUUAGCUUAUUCAAUGAUCUGGCCAUCUCUGAUAUAGAAAUUAUGUUAACUGGAAUCAGACAAUGUGAAGUGCCUGAGAUAAGGUCAAACCUAAUACGAAUGGUCGGUAUACUUGCCCUAUUAUUGGUAAACAACUUGAAUGACAUCACUUCUAAUGUGAUUUGCACCAUCACAGAUUUCAUAAUAGAACAAUCACACAAAGAGAAUGAAGUAUGGGUGCUGGCCGAGGCACUAGAUACUUUGGUAGAUUUAUAUGCUGAAGAUGAAACAGAUUAUUUAGCUGCUAAAGUGAAACUAGUUGACAAGUUGGCGAUACUGGCACCAAUUUUAAAGAAUAAGGCUAGACAGCAAAAGAGACUUCCAAAAGAAUACAAAGUUCUCGUCAAUACUGCGAUCACUAAUUUACCGAGAUUUAUAAAUUACAAGAAAGAAAGAGUAAGCAAGUUAUAAUAACUCAAAAAUAUAUUGUAAGUCUAAAGUUAUUUAUAAAGGUAAUUUUAAAAUAUUAAAUGACUAGGUACUGA